AUGGCAAAAAAACUUAGUGACAAGGUCAAAGCAGCUGCUGCUGCUGAUGAAUCUAAAGGACGGGGCCUGCAGGGCGCGCUGCGCACCAGGCUGCGCGCAGGGACGCAGCAGGCAGAUGGGUGUGGCUCCUCUUGCGGGGAAGUUGCGCACUCGCUUGUGAGUGAGCAGCUGUGUUUAGGAGGAUCUUCAAGGCAGAAUAACUCCUGGAGCUCACAUAAACGGCUCGAGAGAAGGAUGGGGCUCCUUCAGCUGCUGAAAUCACAAUUGGUGUGCCAUUUGAUCCUCUGCUACGUGUUCCUGGCGAGCGGCCUGAUUGUCAACCUGCUGCAGCUCUGCACUCUACCUCUGUGGCUGGUCAGCAAGCAGCUGGCCCGCCGGGUCAACAUCAGACUGGCCUACUGCAUCUCCAGCCAGUUGGUGGCUCUUCUCGAGUGGUGGUCUGGGACAGAAUGCAACCUCUACACCGAUCCAGAGACUUAUCCGCUUUUCGGAAAAGAGAAUGCCAUUGUGGUUCUCAACCAUAAUUUCGAGAUAGACUUUCUGUGUGGCUGGACCUACUGCGACAGAUUUGGAGUUCUCGGGAGCUCGAAGGUGUUGGCCAAAAAGGAACUGUCUUAUGUGCCAGUGAUUGGCUGGAUGUGGUACUUCCUGGAGAUAGUCUUCUGCAAAAGGAAGUGGGAGGAGGACCGAAGCACUGUGGCUCAGAGCCUUCAGAGACUUUGGGAUUAUCCAGAAAACUACUGGUUCCUGCUUCACUGCGAAGGAACACGCUUCACCCCAAAGAAACAUCAGAUCAGCAUGCAAGUGGCGGAGAGCAAAGGUUUACCAAAGCUGAAGUACCAUCUUCUGCCAAGAACCAAAGGAUUCUGGGUAACUGUCCAAAACCUCAGAGGAACGGUCGCAGCUGUUUAUGAUUCCACACUCAACUUCAGGAACAAGGAAACACCCUCCCUGCGUGGAAUUCUCAACGGGAAGAAAUAUCAUGCAGAUUUAUAUGUGAGGAGAAUUCCACUAGAGUUGAUACCUGAGGAUGAGGCAGAGUGUGCUGCUUGGCUCCACAAACUUUACCAGGAAAAGGAUGGCUUUCAGGAGCAGUAUGCACAGACGGGGCGUUUUCCAGGCCCCAUAAGGAGUCCUCCACGGCGCCUGUGGUCAUUGAUCAACUGGUUAUUCUGGUCCUGCAUUGUCCUCUACCCUCUGUUCUUGCUAGUCACCCAUCUAAUUAGCUCUGGGUCAAUGCUAGCCAUCACUACUGCUGCUGUUCUCUGCUCUGCAGCUUCAGUGGGAGUUCGCUGGAUGAUUGGUCAGACUGAGAUUGAUAAAAGCUCAAAUUACGGGAUUAAGGAAGUUUCCUUGAACAACAACUAA